AUGGGAGUGGAUCUAAAGGAGGUCUCAUUUUACUCCGCAAGAGAGGUCGGAGACACCGACACCGACGCAGCCCCCGUUGCCCAUUUAACUGUCGCGACGAAUCACGUCGCGUCCCCUAAGAAGUCGGACUCGUCGCUAAGCGCCGCCUCGACCACAUUAUCUUCCUCCGCGGAGAAGGGCUUCAACGUUCAUGUCGACGACCAAAUCACAACGCCGCUCUCUCUCCAGCAAUCGAACCCUUUCGACACGGAUAUCGAAGCCAUUAUCCCCGUCACCCAAUCUGACUCGCGGCGUAAGUCGGCCACAAUGGCAAGGGGCGAUUGCCAAGUCUGGCCAGGCCAGGAGCACUGGAAACAAAAGGCGAAGGCUGCCAAACGCGCCCGGUCGUGUGCUUGGAUGGCCUCGCUUAGCAGGCGGACUCGGAUUGCGGUAAAGAUUGCCAUCAUCCUCCUCAUCAUCGGCAUCGCCGUUGGCAUUGGUUUUGGCAUCAGCAAGCCGCUUGGCGCCCCAAUCUGGGGAACUCCCGAUGGUCACUAA